AUGCUCUCUAUCAGAUCCUUCGCCCGCUCGGCGCCGCGAACAGUCGCCCGGUUGAGCUCCUCCGCCAUCAGACGCCCAGCAGCUAGACCCUCCUCUCUAUUACAAGCUGCAUGGAAAUCAACAAGAGACCAUCAACGCGCCGCAGCAUUCUCUACAGCGGCUGCUCGCAGAUCAGCACCCGCUAAAGGCGAUGCCGAGCUCACCGCAAAGCUCGCCUCUGAGAUCCAGAUGGAGAACGAGAUGAAGGACGAGGGUGGCGUGCCAAACAGCGUGCAAGACUACCUGGAGAACGGUCCAUUCGAGAUCAUCGACACGCCUGGCGAGGAAGACGUUAUCUUGACGAGAACAUUUGGUGACGAGAAGAUCCGCAUCACCUUUUCCAUCGCCGACCUGAACAACCUCGACCCCGAGGCAGAUUACCAAGACCCAGCAAUGGCAGACGAGGGCGAGGACAACGUCAAGACCGCGCCAGAGCAUCAAAUGGAGGAGGGCCAAGAGGGACAGGAUGAGCAAGAUCAGUCCUUCCCCGCCCGUUUGAACAUCAUUAUUGAGAAGGCCAACAAGGGUGCGCUUGCUGUCGAGGCCGUGGUUCAGGACGGCAUGGUCGUCAUCGACAACGUCUACUACUACGCCGACCCGUCGCUCGCCCACGCCAAGACCGCCGAGAAGGUGCACGCCAGACAGGACAAGUAUGUCGGCCCACCGUUCGGGAACCUGGACGAGGACCUCCAGGUGCUGUUGGAGAGAUAUCUGGACGAGAGAGGUAUCAAUACGGCAUUGGCCAUCUUCGUGCCGGAUUACAUUGACAUGAAGGAGCAAAAGGAGUACGUCAGAUGGUUGGAAAACGUUAAGGGCUUCGUUGAGGCGUAA